AAACAGUUGAUACUUUCUGAUCAUCAGUGCAGUUGCAGAGGGGUCUCAGUAUUGAGAUCACUUCCCCUUGCAAGAUGGCUUCCUACUUGGCUCUGAGCUGUUUCCUAUUGGCUAGCGCUGGCGUCUGCUUCGCGACUUUUGGACAUGAGCAUGUUCAUAUUCGCGUCCAUAUACCUGAAGAAUCUCACUCGUCAAAGGAAGUGGUAGUUCAUGAAGAACACCAUGGACAUGGUGGUGGCGGCGGUGGGUUCGGCGGCGGGUUCGGGGGCGGAUACGGUGGCGGACACGGAGGCGGCGGCCAUGGAAGUGGACACGGCGGAGGAGGCCUAGCUGAACAUUUACACGGUGGUUUCGCUGACCACCUGAAAGGAGGCCACGGUGGAUAUGGAGGCGGUCACAGUGGUGGUCACGGAGGUGGUCACGAAGGAGGUCAUGGAGGAGGUCACGGCGGUGGCUACGGAGGCGGAGGUGGCGACCAUGGACAGACUAUAAUUAUUAGCGGUGGUGGUCAUGGAGGUCAUGGUGGAGGCCACGGUGGACAUGAUUUCGGAGGCCACGGAGGAUCUGGAGGACAUGAUUUCGGAGGCCACGGAGGAUCUGGAGGACACGAUUUUGGAGGUGGUCAUGGAUCAGACUUAGGAGGUCACGGAGGCUUUGAUUUAGGUGGGGGCCAUGAUAUCGGCGGAGGCCAUGGUGGACUCGGAGGUGGCCACGGCGGUGGUUUUGGAGGUGGUCAUGGUGGAGGAUUUGGAGGUGGAUUUGGAGGCGGAUUCGGCGGAGGUGGACAUGACCACAGUCAUGAUAUUGGCGGCGGACACGGAGGUGGAUUCGGUGAGGGUGGACAUGACCAUGGACAUGAUAUCGGAGGUGGACUCGGUGGCGGAUAUGGAGGAGGUGGACAUGACCACGGCCAUGGUGAUAUCGGUGGUGGACACGGCGGAUUUGGCGGAGGUUUUGGAGGAGGAUUCGGAGGUGGACAUGAUGAUCAUCAUGGUGGCGGUGGACUCGGCGGUGGUAUAGGCGGCGGUCAUGGUUUCUCGUCUGGAGGCCAUGAUAGCUACAGCGGUGGAGGAGGCCAUGGAUUUUCAUCUGGAGGCCACGACAGCUACAGCGUUGGUGGUGGUAGCUUUGGAUUCUCAUCUGGUGGACACGACAGCUACAGCAUAGGUGGAGGCGGCGGUGGUCAUGGCGGUGGGAUUGGCGGUGGAUUCGGCGGCGGUUUCGGAGGUGGUCAUGACAGUCACGGAUCUGGCGGAUAUGGUGGAGGUCAUGACAGUUACAGUAUUGGCGGCGGCGGUGGACACGAUAGCCACUCUGGUGGUCAUGGAGGUGACAGCUACAGUUUGGGUGGUCACGGAGGCGGGUUCGGAGGAGGUGGUCACGGAAGCGGGUUCGGAGGAGGUGGCCACGGUGGUGGAUUUGGAGGUGGUUUCGGAGGUGGUCACGGAGGCGGUCACGGAGGCGGUCAUGGAGGAGGCCACGGGGGUGGUCAUGGGGGUGAUAGUUACAGCGUAGGAUUCGGUGGAAGCGGCGGUGGGGCCCAUGGCGGCUUCAGCCUUGCGGAUAUCGGAGGAGGUCAUGGUGGUCAUGGUGGGCACGGAGGUGGCGGAAGCGGUCAUGGUUUCGGUGGUGACAGUUAUACAAACGCCAUAGGAGCCGGUCACGGUGGUGGCCCUUAUCGUAAGAAGAAAUAAACGAUCAAUGAGACUACAUAACAAAACCAACUAAGUCAUAGCCUUCAAUUUUUUAUGGUCUGAACCAUGAGUACAAUUAUUUAUACGUUCGUUGUAAAUAGAUACUAGUUAUAAGUUAUUGUUAUCUUGUUUUAGU